CUCUCUCUCGGUCUCUCUCUCUCGGUCUCCCUCGGUCUCUCUCUCUCACCGCACGUCACCACCUCGACCGCUCCGUCGCACAAACUCGCGUCGCAUCGCACGCGCGCGAGCAGACCAACCUCGGUUAGCACCGUUCGCUACGUACGGUGCGAAAGAAAUUUAAACGUACACACACACGUACACACACACACACACGUACACACACACAGACAUACACACACACAACCAUAAACCCCAACCAAGUGUCCACCCCCCACGCCACCCCGCGCCGUGCUCGAUGUCGAACUCAACGUUCAACGUGAGCGGCGACGCAGCGGCGAGUUCGUCGCACGCGCCGCUGCAGGCCACCUACGUGCUGCUCUGCGUGUGCGGAGUGGCGGCCAACGGCGCCGUCAUCUGCGCGCUCGCGUGCGGCGGCGGCGGCAAGAGGCGCCACGUGUCGGACGCGUACGUGUUCAACCUGGCCGUGGCCGACCUCCUCUUCCUGCUCGGCAUGCCCUUCCUCGCGCACCAGCUGGUGAGCGAGCAGAGGUGGCGCUUCGGGUGGUUCAUGUGCAAGGCGCUCACGCUGGUGGACGUCAACAACCAGUACACCAGCGUGGGCACCGUCACGGUGCUGUGCAUCGACAGAUACAUCGCGGUGGCGCACCCGCUCACCGCUGCCACGAACCGCACCAUGCGCGGCGCCUUCCUCGUCAACCUCCUCGUGUGGCUCUGCAGCCUCCUCCUCUCGCUGCCCGCGCCCGUCUACGCGAGCGUGCUGCACAUCGACGGCGUCGAGGUGUGCGCCCUCGACUUCCCCGAGGCGCGCCUCGGCGCCACCGCCUUCGCCGUGGCCAACUUCGCCCUCGCCUUCGCCGCCCCGCUCGCGCUCAUCAGCGUCUUCUACGCCCUCGCGCUGCGCCGCGUCUCGAGCGCCACGCGGCGCGGCGCGAGGCUCCGGCCGCAGAACUCGCGGAGCCGGCGCGCCACGAGGACCGCCGUUGCCAUCGUGGUGGCGUUCGCCGCGUGCUGGGCGCCUUUCCACGCCAUGCAGAUGGUCGGCCUGACGCUGAGCGAGCCCACGGACGGCUUCCACCUCGCCUACCAGCUGAGCAUCUGCCUGGGCUACGCGCACAGCUGCAUCAACCCCGUGCUUCUCAUCUUCUUCACGGAGUUCUUCAAAGAGCGGCUCCCGUGCGCGCGAUUCCGUGCCAGACGACAGUGCCGCUACCACGACAACCGCCAGCGCCGGCGUUGUUGCUGCUGCUGCUGCCGCCGCCGUAGUUGUUGUUGUUGUUGUUCGCGUUUGUGUUGUUGUUGUUGUUGCUGGGACGGAGGAGCUACGUCCGGCGAUGUGGGGAAGAUGCCGGGAAAAGCGGGAGAGAGACGGAGCGCGUGGUGCAGCGAUAGAAAUGCCGCGGGUGACGACGGCGGUGGUGGUGACGAUGAGGAGGUUGCGGCUGCGACUCUGAUGACCACGACGAGCACGCCGCCGGCGGUGGCGGCGGCGCCGAUGGGAGAGGGGAGCGACGCAAGGGUGCAGGAGCAGCUGCACGUGGAAGAGUUCACUACCACGUGCCUAUCCGUCUCCUUGGUGGAAGCGGCUCCGGCCAUGCCAACACCCAGUGACGAAUGUCUGAACCGGUCCUGGGCCUCCCCUAUGGCGAUGCAGCCUCAAAUGAGUACCUGGUGCUGUGUGUAAAACUUCGCCACUGGGGAGACAAAGGCGGUCGGGCGUGGUGAUGAACACGCACCCCGACGAAGUGGUUUACCAUGUUUGAAAGUUAUCGCAGCCAAGAUCUUGGAAACGCGUGUUUUGUUCUAAAUGUGGGGGGGGGACCAUUUCAUGACCUCGACGGGCCAGGUUCUAAGUUGGCGUCAGCGCAUGGGAAUAGAUGGAGGCUGCGUCCACAAUAAUUUUGCCACAGUGGUGAGAUGUUAACGACAUCGUUGAUAUGCAGGAGGUCGCGGGUUCGAUCCCGAUCCUGACGCCUGUUAAAUAUUUGGAGUUUGCGUGUCUCUCUCUCUCUCCCCGUGGUCGUGUGGAUUUUUCUCCGGGUCCUCCGGUUUUUCCCUCCACAUUUAAAAAGACAGCGUUUAGGGCAUUUGGCUGCCACAAAUUUCCCCACUAGAAACACCUCCCCCUCUCUCUCCUCCUGCCGCCGAUCCCUCUGUAAAUUGCAUCCACACUUAGCUCGCUCGUUAUGGCAGCCCCUCGCCUCCCUCGGAUUAGCUGACGCUUGCUAGCCUUCUGUUUGCUAGCCUUACAUUUACUAUAUAACCUCUUGCUUCUAGCAGCUGUCUCACCACUUUUCGCCUGAUGACGGACGCUUGUGUUGCGUCCGAAACGUCGUGAUCUAUUAUUUUGCUACCUGCGUGACUUUACCGAAAGACCCAAAGAGUAUGGAUUCCUGCAGUCACGAAAGCUUCAAAUCAAGAUAAAAAAUAAAAUAAAUCAAUGUUAUAAAAUAAAUGCACACGGGUACACGAGAAGGUGGUUACGCGCAGAUGUGUCGGCGAGCGAAACGCUUGCAGAGCUACGCCUCCACGUGAAUAUGAAAUGUACGCAAAAUCACGCCCGUGUGUGUGUGUGCACGUGGGGGAGCGGUAGUGUAGCGUUUAGCUGCGCUGCGCUAUGAACUCCGCGACACGAGUUCGAUUCCCGCUCACGGCCAACACC